CUUGGAGCGGCCAAAUGUCUGUGAGUGGCCGUGAGCUCAGUAGGAGCAGAGUGAAGCGACGUUUGGACGAGGACCCGUCCAGCUGGCAGGGAUGCCGAGGAGAUGGUGAGGAGCGCCGCGUGACCAGGUGGGUGAGAAGAUGAUGGUCUGCUGAUGGCAGAUGCCGACCCACCUGCCACCGAAGCGGCCGCGCUGUGGGUGGCAGGGACACGUUAACCAAGCCGGCGGCAGACGAUGGUGAGAGAUGGCAGACUGCAGGCCGGCAGACACACGUCCAUUCAGCUUCUUUGUACGUCAUGUGUGUAUGCAGGCACCGCCAGCACCCUGACGUCCACGACGUUGCACCAUCGUCCACCAAGAGCAACUCCCUCUACCAGCUGCCCCCCACGGACAACGACGGUCCGACCAUGCCCAUGCCCCUGGUAGAGAUCAAGACAGAGCCGGACCGCUCGAGGCCCACCAGGAUCAUCAACAAACUCAACAAACACAACACCGACGUCCAACAGCAAGACCAACUUCACCAAUACCAGCACUACUACCACCACCACCAGCACCAGCAGCAGCAGCAGCAGUCGGUGCAGGGAGGUGGCGAUGGGAGCACACCGGGAUCGUGUUUGUUUUCGGUGGAUCCAGGGGUUGGCGACGAGCAGGUGCGGCAGAUGUUGGGGUUCUCUGUCGACGUGUCCCGCACCAUCGACGCGGCCGGGUGGACGUGCGAGAUGGACGUGUGGCGCAGCGUUGUGCAGAUCGGAUCACCAGGUGGUUGGGUGUGAGGGUGAGGAAGGGGGUGGGGGGUGGGCGGCAGGAGAUGCCGUGGGUUUCUGUGUCCGCCAGCUCAGAUUUGCUGGGUUUCUUUGACGCCAUCGACUAUGAGGAUACCGCUCUGGGCCUCGUCACGAUGGCCGGUAGGCUCGGACGGCAGGGCGGCAGGCACGCAACACAAUCAAUGCCUUCAUGCGACAAGAUCUGCCUGUCUGCCUGCUGUCAGUUGAGCGUUUGGUUCGUCGCGAGGCCCUGCUGCUGGUGAUAGACCAUAUGCCGGGCAAGGACGAGGCACACAGCGGAAACGCUGUCGUGGACAACGCAAAAACCGUCAAACUAGUUGGUAUACAUAGAUGCAUUGACGCGCGCACACGUCUCUGUCUGCCUGGACGUCUGUGCGUGUGUGUGUAUGUGUGUGUGUGGACACACAGCGAUAUUAAUCGGCUGUAUACUGGAGAUCUGGCAGUUGCAGAAGAGUGUCGACCCCAGUCUGCUCGCCCGCAUCGCUAUCGUACUGAGGGGUGAGUGAACAGUACACGGACGCGCACACAUACACCAGACAGAGAGACACAGAUGUGUCCACGCACCAGGUCGCGGUGUGGGUCGCAAGAUGCGCGCGGGGAUGUACAAGGUGCGCAUCCAGCCCCUCGAGGCCAGCCAGUCAUCCUCCAGUAUGCUGGCCGCCCAGGCCUCCUCGAGCCGUCCAUCAAACACGACUGACUGAAUGAAUCAAUCACCGAAGUGUAUGUGAGACGGCGGCAGUGGUGUAGACAGGCAGAUCAUGAUGCGGGGGUAGGCAGCCAACUAGUUAGUGGGUUGGUAGAAGUAGAUGACAGUCGCGGUCUUUGGGCCAUGUGUGGUGGUGGCCCAAAGACAUAGGACGCUUCCAAUAUGCAUUUGCAUCUUUCAUUCAUCAACGUGCCCCUCAUGAAAA